UACCAUCAUGCGUCUUGUGCGGUCUUUCAUUUCACCACCGAAGAAGAGCUUCAGUUUUCCUGUAGGUGUUUUAUAUAGCAGCAGGGGGCGCUGUGGUCAGUGCAGUGUUCUGAUUCUGUGCAUCACGUGAUCUAGGUGUGUUUCAUUUACAUUGAGGAGAGGAGAAAUGCCGGACCUCUGGCAGGAAGCAAUGGACCACGCUGUGGCUGUGGCCAGAAAAUCAGGAGAGAUAGUACGGGGGGCCCUGCAGAAUGAAAGGAAGGUGAUGUGUAAAAGCACGUCCGUGGACCUGGUGACUAAAACGGACCAGAAAGUGGAGCAGCUCAUUAUCUCUUCAGUCAGAGAGAAGUUUCCGACACACAGUUUUAUCGGUGAAGAGUCAGUAGCUGAGGGUCAGCCCUGUGUUCUGUCUGAUAAUCCUACCUGGAUCAUCGACCCUGUGGACGGAACCACCAACUUCGUACAUGGAUAUCCGUUCGUCGCCGUGUGUAUCGGGUUUGCAGUGGAAAAGACGUUAGAGUUUGGUGUGGUGUACAGUUGUAUAGAGGAUAAGAUGUACACUGCACGCAGGGGGAAAGGAGCGUUCUGUAAUGGACAACCUCUACAAGUCUCCCAUCAGAAAGACAUUAAUCAGUCCCUCAUCGCCACAGAGUUCGGCUCAAACCGAGAUCCUGAAGUCGUCGACAAGAUUUUCUCCAACAUGAGGAAGAUCCUCUGUCUGCCAGUGCACGGGAUGCGUGGUGCAGGUUCUGCCGCGUUGAACAUGUGUCUGGUGGCGUCGGGUUGCGUGGAGGCGUAUUAUGAGAUCGGGAUCCACUGCUGGGACGUGGCGGCCGCUGCGGUCGUCGUGCAGGAGGCAGGAGGAGUUCUCAUGGACUUAGAGGGUGGACCAAUGGACCUGAUGUCCAGAAGAAUCGUCGCAGCGAAUAGCCAAACCAUUGCUGAGAAGAUUAUUAAAGAGGUGGAGGCGUUUCCUGCGGACCGGGACGACGCCCCUUUAGAGAAUAAACAAUGACGAGUUUGUGUUUCGUUUAUUUACGAUGUUCUUUUUUCCUUUUAAGAAUUUAUACGUCCUUUUAUUACAACCAGUCUUAAUAAGUGUACAGAUUUGAGCGACAUUAAACAGAGAUUAAAAUAUCUCCAAGGAAUCUCAAAUGCUGUGGAUAAACGUAAAUAUUGGCACCUCGGCCUUUACUGUUGAUUUUGCUCUUCGACGUUAUAACGAUGUUUGUUUUGCUCUUAUGUACUGUGUUUUGGUUUAGAUAUUUAUUCUACCAGGUUAUAAAUGCUUUAUAUUAGAUACUAUAUAGAUCCUGUAUAAUGAAAACUCAAACAAGGGCAUGAUAGAAAAAUAUUUUAUAGCAGUUAUUCACAAUGUCUUCACGGCUGUGUUUAAUGUUCACAUCACAAUCAUUAAAAACUGCAUUUCUGUGCUCUUUAAAUCAAA